GGGCGGGCGGCUCGGGCUGCGGGGCGGCUGGCGCGCGCGCGCCGCGGGGCGGAGAAGCGGGCCCGGGGGCCGGCGAGCAUGGAGGAGAAGUACCUGCCGGAGCUGAUGGCGGAGAAGGACUCCCUGGACCCCUCCUUCACGCACGCCCUGCGCUUGGUGAACCGAGAAAUAGAAAAGUUUCAAAAGGGAGAAGGCAAGGAUGAAGAGAAGUACAUUGAUGUGGUGAUUAAUAAGAACAUGAAGCUGGGACAGAAAGUGUUGAUUCCUGUAAAACAGUUUCCCAAGUUCAACUUUGUGGGGAAGCUUUUGGGUCCGCGUGGCAAUUCCCUGAAGCGCUUACAAGAAGAAACGUUGACAAAAAUGUCCAUCCUUGGAAAAGGUUCCAUGAGAGACAAGGCAAAGGAGGAAGAGCUGAGGAAAAGUGGAGAAGCAAAGUACUUCCACCUCAAUGAUGACCUGCAUGUGCUCAUUGAAGUGUUCGCUCCCCCAGCUGAAGCGUAUGCCCGGAUGGGGCAUGCCUUAGAAGAAAUCAAGAAGUUCCUCAUCCCUGACUAUAAUGAUGAAAUUAGGCAAGCACAGCUCCAGGAAUUAACAUAUCUGAAUGGAGGUUCAGAAAAUGCAGAUGUUCCAGUGGUUCGAGGGAAAGCUGCUUUGCGCACACGAGGUGUGACCACACCAGCAAUAACCAGGGGAAGAGGAGGAGUCGCAGCCAGGCCUGUUGCAGUUGGGGUACCACGUGGGACACCAACUCCCCGAGGAGUCCUUUCCACCCGAGGGCCAGUGAGCCGGGGAAGAGGACUUCUCACUCCCAGAGCAAGAGGUGUCCCCCCAACUGGAUACAGACCUCCACCACCACCCCCAACGCAGGAGACCUAUGGAGAGUAUGACUAUGAUGAUGGCUAUGGCACUGCAUAUGAUGAACAGAGCUAUGACUCCUAUGACAACAGCUACAGCACCCCAGCCCAGAGCUUGUGGCAGCCUUUCCGAGGGUCCUUGGAUAGAUCACAUUGUGUCUCUGAAGCUGCUUCCUCAUCCCACGUCAAACUUGGAGCUGAUUACUAUGAUUACGGGCACGGACUCGGCGAGGAGGCUUACGAUUCCUAUGGGCAAGAGGAAUGGACUAACUCAAGACAUAAGGCUCCUUCGGCGCGGACGGCGAAGGGCGUCUACAGAGACCAGCCAUAUGGCAGAUACUGAUUGUACUGUCUGAUGUUGUGAAAUAGCCAAUCUCCACCGUCCUGUAUACUGUUCAAAGUAAUUUUUUUCUAUGAACAAUCCCUUUUUAAAUAAGUCAAAAUGCUUAAAAUCUGAAUGGAUGGAACUUUAAACCACUUUGUUGAAGCAUCCACUUGGCAGGGAGAAGGACAUGUAAAAUUUUGUUAUUUGCAGUCUGUAUAUGAAAACUAGGUCAUGAAAAGGAAAAAAAUAACUUUGAUUAACUAGUGUUAAACAAAAAGAUAGGUUUACUAAAUAUGUUAAUCCAUUCUUUUAACAUAAGCCUCACCUUUCAUUUUAAAGGUUUCCAUAGAAUUUAGUUAUUUUAUCGUUCAGCCAUAUGCUAGUUUUUUUUUUUUUUCUUGCCAACUUGCGUAAAAAGGGAGCCGAUUACAAGUGCAAACAAUGUGGGAUUCUUUUGUAACUGAGUCUUAUGUUCUGUAGUGUUAGGCAAAGUCUCCUCUUGCUUGAUACUAAAUAAACUUUUGAAAGAAUUUUGUGUGUGUGAGCUAACGAUUUCAUGUUUUUCUAUUUAAAAAGGCCUUCAUAAAUAGCUGUAAACAGGGAAAGGGUUCCUCUAACAGCGCUUGUCAUAAAAGGGUCACACUAAAUAUUGUACAGCUUAUUUAAAAGUGGUAUAAAAUUAAAUGUGCCAUGAUAUACUCACCCUAGGUUCAAAUGCGGUCUAAAGAGUCCAUACGGUAUCGAGUUGCUCAAGUGGCACAUUAAACCCAUGCAAACCAAAUCUGCUUUUAAAACUGGUUUUAAAAUAACUACUGGAUUUUUCUGAAAAGGAUGUGAUCAGUUUUCAUCUUGUCGAGCGUUUUUUCACUAGUGCAACUUUGGAUUUUUUAUGAGACUUUUGGUACCUUAAUGAACACCUCGCUCCCUGCUGGAAGCAUAAGCACAAAGCUUUUAAAGACAUUCUGACUUGACUAAUUGAGGUCGCACUCGCCAAGGCUGAGGAUGUGUAACCCUUAAACGGUCUUCAUUUUCAAAGGAAAUGUUGACCAUCUUGGACUGUCAGAGGAGCUCAGUGUGACAUAGAGCAGAGAAAGGAACUGCUUCUGUUAUGGCUGCUUAGAGACAGACACCUCACCAUCGUGCCUACACAGUAAAUGAUCUCACUCGGGAAACUUGACAGUCAUCAAUUGAUUAUUGUUGUUUUGUUCCAAAUUUGUGUUUUUGGAAUGUUUUUAUGAAACAGUGUGCCUUUUUUUAAUUUUUAAGUCUUUUCUUCUUCUUAAAGUUCUAUUUUGUUGUCUCCGAAACAAAAAGAAUGAUUUGUAUUGUAGCUAAUAAAGGC